GCUCCCGAGCCCAGAGCGUGCUGAAGUUGACGGCAGACGAUAACUUGCGCCAGUCGCGAGGUGCGACACGAAUGACUGGCUACGAAAUGGGAGCAAGGGUGAUAUCAGAGUCAGACGGUCAGUGAAGGAAUUCGGACAUUUAACCACACUCGGACCGGUCGUGGGAAACAGCGCUCCGCUGGCAGGGAUUUCUGGAGUCUUGAUUUAAAACGUGUGGAGGGAUGGUAUAACUUGGGGAAAGUGUCGUCAGGAUUUACGGUUAGAACACGUGACCUUUACUACAAGUUUGUUUGCUGCUUGUCAGAAGCAGACGAGAGUUUUGAAAGGACAGGGUAACUGUAGAACCUGUUAUCUCUCUACGUGUGGUGACUAGGCCCCCACAAAGCCAAGCGUUCUGCCUCGGCGGUGAAAAGCGAGCGUCUUUAACUUUGAAAGGCAAACUUACAUACAAGUACAAAGCCCUGUGAUUGUACAGUAUACAUCUGUAUAUCAACAACCUAUGCAUGAGACAGCAGACUCGGAUUAGCAUGUCGGCGUAUUUCUGAAACUUUCAAGGCGAAAGAAAGUUGUCAAAAAUGGAUGAGAAACGACCCCCAAGUGAAUCAUCGGAUGGAGAGAGCGAGGAAGGCAGUAAUGGACGGCGGAGGAUCUACAGAAGAAGCAAAUCCAAGUGUGACGGCAGGUUAUGGAUAUUCAUGGUUCUGGGGGCGGUGAUCCUUGUGCUUGGAAUUGUAAUCGGCGGGUUGUACUUUAAUAUGAAAACACUGACGGAAUCUACCGAGUUCACUCAAGUCACUCCAACAUACGUGAACGCCAUAGCGGUCCUGUGCUCAGCGCUGAGUGUGGCACUUCUGUUCUGGAGGAGACUGACAUGUUUGGUGUUCCUGUGUGUGAUCACAUGUACCGUGACAGCGUUUCUGUGUGGGAUCACUGCCAUCCUGACAGGAACCCACGUGAUCCGUCCCAUCAUGGAACUGUCCGACUGUUCGUACUUCCCCUUCCUUAUGGAGUGUCACUGCAUGUCCCCCUACAAAAGGUCCAUGCUGGAGAUCUCCUACACCCCGGAAGAUCCCACAAGUGUGGUGUUCAGUGACACCGACAGCUGUGAGAGCAUACAGAAGGUGAUGCUGCACAUGUUGUAUGCUCUGAUUGGAGCAUACGUCAUCAGCUUCCUGUUCACUGUGGGGGCGGCCAUAUUGGCUCUGCUGGUUCUGCGCAUGGAGAAAAUUAGGAUGGGACUGUUUGAGGAUGACACGUAUGAAGAAAUCUUCACCGUGAGCAACAGCAGUGCAACACCACCAUCCUCCGACAGUGACAACGAAAAUCAACACAUGCUUCAUCCAAUCCUACCAUCCAGCGAUGACGGAAGAAUCCCAGAGUCACACAUCAUACGAAGAAGUCGAAGUUUCAGUCAGCCCAGAUUCCCCACCUCUGCAGAUGCUCCUGAGAAGAGUAUUCCUAAAAUCACAGUGUCGGCACCAACCAAGCCCGAACCCCAGGGCAAGUUGAAGGAACAUCGUCGCAGGAGUCGCCGAGCUGUGACGCUCCACAACUUAGACACCCACCAACUGAUGGUGAUCCUCAGUCUACAGAUGCGUUACCUUCAGGAGAACGAGAACGCUCAGUCUCAGUCAACCCUAAGUGCCCAACAGCUCAGUCAGCAGUUACGAAGGGCUCUCACACCCCAGCCAAAUCACGAUCGUCAGAAUCGGGCACAAGGUCAGGAAGUUCGUCAGAUCAGGUCCCACACACCCCAACCAUAUCACUUCAAGAACAGGAGUUCUUACAUUGAUCCCGUUCAGCCAAAUUAUGAAAAUAUGUUUGAUCCGACAGAGUUUAUUAAUCAGCUCAAACAAGAGCAGGCUCAAGGUGGGCGUAAUGGAAAUAAGGUUCCAGCUGAGCGGGACUUGUCACCACACAAUAUUGUGCCAGCCUCACGCCCCAAAACACCGAGACAGGGAUACUCAUCUCAAACCAUUCCACCUCCGCAAAAUUCCAGGAAAGGAAACAAAACUCCAAUUAGAUCCAAUUAUUACGAAGAAAUCGACGACAUGGCAGAUUGUUUAGAUGACAGUAGUGCCUCAGAGCAAAUCUAUGAAAAUCACACUGGAAACCGACGAUCUGCUCCAAGGCGUAAUCGAGGUCAAGGUGAAGGUCAUUCAGUGCCCGUUCCCGCAGUGUGUGUACAAGGUAAUGGCGGAGAACCAAGGGACAUAACCAAUAUACUCCCAGCAUUAUAUCCAUCGAUUCCCAGACACUUGUUUGACCGGAGUCAGACCCCAUCCCGACCAAAAAGUUAUAUGAAUGCAGUUGAUGCAUCCGAUUCUCCGCAGACAUCGCGCAGAAAGCCGUCUCAUAAUCCAAUCCAGCAUAAUCCCAGCACUCAAAUUAACUCAACUCAAGUCAGACCAGUUCAGGAAAAUGCAUGGAGGAAUCAGGAUGUUGAUUCAGAAUCAACAGACAGUGCCAUUUAUGCAAUGCCAGUUAAGAAACAACGCCAGCCAGCGAAACCUGCACGAAAUCGCAGCCCAGAUUGGCCAGGAAACCAACCUCGCCCAUCCCUCCCUGGUCAGAGUGAUGUGCGGUCAGCAUUUCAUGUCGUACCACGCAGCAAAAAAAAUCCAAGCCUGCUCAGAAAUGGAGCGGCAAUGCAGAUCCUGCGGCUCGGUUGCAAGUUUCUGCUCGCAGUUACGACGGCAAUAUGAACGAUUUCAACAUGCAGGGACAGUCAAACCACGUGUCUAACGUGUCUGCGUUCUUCCCCCCACCUCCCUACUCCCCUCCCCCGUCCUACACGGAUGUGAUCACACACUCCCGGGACAGCUCCCUCCAUUCCCUCACCAGCAGCACCUCCACGUCAGAAGACGUCGACUUCUACCAACAAAUCAGAAAACCCCAACAGCCUCCGCGAUCAAAAGUCUCACCCCAUCGUCAGGAAUCUCAAAAUGUCCCUUCCGAAUCAGAAUUGGGAGGAAAACUCUGUGUUCCAUGACAGCGUCCCAUACAAUGGACCAGGGAUCAACGGUGUGGGACAGAGAUGGAAUGGUACAGAGUAUCAGAACAUCGAUGAAACACCGAACGGACGGGUUGCCAAGACUAGCCACAGGAGGCAAGGAUAUGAUGCACUGCAGGAUGAGCCAGUGAGGGGACCUACUUCGCGGAGCCUUGUCCCGGGAAGGCGGGAUGUUGCGGGCUGUGAAGCUCCUCCCUAUGGUGCUGCUGCUGCUGCAUCCACCGAGGGCAACAGCAGUGACUCAGACUGUAUGGAAACAGUCAUAUAAUGACUUAUUUUGUUGAAUGAUAUGCAACGAAAAGACUUAAAAUGGCAAUGGUUUCAUGGCGUAUGUACUGUGUGAGACUGUGCAAAGUUUGUGACUGAUUUAUUGGAAAUAACUGAGAAAACUGUCGAAUAUUAUACAGUGUCAAGGACCUGAGUGGCAUGUAGAUGCAAGUGUAACCUGUUAAACAAACACAGAUCAUUGCCAGGCUAUGCAUUAUUAUUGGGACUCAAGUAUUAGUUGUGCUGACGGUGAUGGUCUUUGUGUCUCAGACUGUAUCUGACGUAAGUGUCUCUCUGACCAGAUGAAACUUUUCAUAUUUGUUGUCCUAAGCCGUGAAUUGACACUUUCAUUUGACUAACUUUUACUGAGUGGAGCACCCCGGACUUGCAUUUGAUGAUGUUUUGUUGCCCAAAACAGUUCCUGUGAAAUAAACCUCCUGCAGAUCA